CACGGUUGCACAUAAACUCAACCCAUAGUUGUUCCGACUGAACUGUUUUUACCUUCACCUGGUCAUAUCACCUUCCCGUUCGGCGUGACUCUGUGAGUGCGGGAAGCACAUCAGUGCACACGUUUGGACGUACCUCAUUCUUCUACUCUAAGAUUGAGUUCUCUGUAGUCAUGCAAGCACACGAGCUGUUGAAGCAGCUGCGAAUCCCUGAGCUGUCCGAGGUGAGGGACUAUUUCCGCAGCCUCUCCACAAACACCCUGCUCGGCAUGGGUGCGUUCACCGCCGUCACGGCGUACUGGUUCGCCACCAGACCCAAAGCCCUCAAACCGCCCUGUGACCUGUGCAUGCAGUCAGUGGAGCUGCCGGGUGGAGAAUUUGCUCGUCGAGGAGCGGUUUUAAAUGGAGACCCACUCUUGAGCCAUUUCUACGAGGAUGCCAAGACCAUAUACGAGAGCUUUCAAAGGGGUCUGAGGGAGUCAAAAAACGGUCCCUGUCUGGGAUCCAGAAAACCAAAGCAGCCAUAUGAAUGGCUUUCAUACUCGGAGGUGAUUGAGCGAGCAGAAUAUAUGGGAUCAGCAUUUUUGCACAUAGGACACUCGAAGAACAAAGACCCCUACAUCGGCAUCUUCUCUCAGAACAGACCAGAGUGGACGAUUUCAGAGCUGGCCUGCUACACUUACUCUCUGAUAUCAGUUCCUCUGUAUGACACCUUGGGCACAGAAGCAAUAGGCUACAUCCUCGAAAAAGCCUGCAUCUCUACUGUCGUAUGUGAUGUACCCGAGAAGGCUCAGCUGCUGUUGGACUGUGUUUCGGGCAAACCGCACACAGUCAAAACCCUGAUCCUCAUCGAAAACUUUGACGCUGAUUUAGUUAGCAGAGCACAGCAGUGCGGCAUCGACAUCAUCAGUCUAAGAGACACAGAGAAUAUUGGCAAGGCUCAUCGACAGCAUCCUGUGCCCCCGCAGCCUGAUGACUUGGCUAUUAUUUGUUUUACAAGUGGAACCACAGGAAACCCUAAAGGAGCGAUGCUCACCCACAGAAACAUAGUGUCUAAUUCUUCGGCCUUCAUCUAUGUCACAAAGCCCUCUUGCCCCAUUGGUCCUCAGGACGUGCACAUCUCCUACCUGCCCCUGGCACACAUGUUUGAGAGAGUCGUACAGGGUCUGAUUCUGGUGCACGGCGCACGUAUCGGAUACUUCCAGGGUGACAUCCGAGUUCUGAUGGAUGACCUCACGACCCUGAAGCCCACCGUAUUUCCUGUGGUUCCUCGUCUGCUGAACCGCAUGUUUGACAAGAUCUACGGACAGGCCAACAGUCCCCUGAAGAGACGCAUCCUGGAGUUUGCGUUCAGGAGGAAAGAGAACGAGAUGAAGAGCGGGAUCAUGAGGAGGGACAGUGUGUGGGACAAGAUCAUCUUCAAGAAAGUGCAGGCCAGUGUUGGAGGUCACGUUAGAAUGAUGUUGACUGGAGCGGCACCCAUUUCAGCACCUGUUCUCACCUUCUUGCGAGCUGCAUUGGGCUGCCAGUUUUAUGAAGGAUACGGUCAGACUGAAUGCACUGCCGGCAGCACAACUACACUACCAGGAGACUGGACUGCUGGUCAUGUCGGAGCUCCUCUGCCCUGUAAUGACAUCAAACUAGUGGAUGUGGCAGAGAUGAACUAUUAUGCUGCUAAAGGCGAGGGAGAGGUUUGUGUGAGGGGUCCCAAUGUUUUUAAGGGGUAUCUGAAAGACCCUGAGAAGACGAAGGAAGCUUUUGAUGAUGAUGGUUGGGUUCACACAGGAGACAUCGGCAAGUGGAUGCCGAAUGGCACUCUGACGAUUGUGGACCGUAAGAAGCACAUUUUUAAGCUGGCUCAGGGUGAAUACAUCGCUCCAGAGAAGAUCGAGAACAUUUACAUCAGGAGCGAAGCUGUGGCGCAGGCUUUCGUUCAUGGAGACUGUCUGCAGGCCUGUCUGGUAGCCAUCAUUGUGCCUGAUCCAGACUUUCUUCCCGCCUGGGCCAAGAAGAGAGGCAUAGAGGGCUCAUAUGAAGAGCUUGGCAAAAAUAAGGAUGUGAAGAAAGCCAUUCUUGAGGAUAUUGUCAAAUUGGGUAAAGAAAGUGGCCUGAAGUCUUUUGAACAGGUGAAGGACAUUGUUCUUCACACAGAGAUGUUCUCCAUCCAAAACGGCCUCCUGACGCCCACCCUGAAAGCCAAACGCACUGAUCUCAGGAGCCACUUCAGGAGACAGAUCGAUGAGCUUUACUCCAACAUCAAAAUGUAAACCAGAGAAAGUGCCUCAGAUAUUACAGAGUUACAGAGCUGAUAUGAGUCCCAUGACUGAAUAGAGCUGAUCCAACAUUGCUUGUUGUCAACAGACAUAUCAUCAGUUUUAUGUGCCUUUCAGAAUAUGAUGAUAUACUCUAGAUCAGCUGUUACUCGAAGCUUCAUCUCUCUGCUUCAGCUUUAAAGAUUCCACCCCAGGAAUUGGUCCUUACAUUUUGACACCAUUAUUUUUGCCUUUAACUAUUUUAAGAGAAAGGGAAGAGAAAUACAAGAGCAAAAA